CAGAAAACUUGCGUUCAGCAGUCGAUUUUAUCAGCGUUUCAAACGAAAGCGGCUAUAAGCGUUUGCGUUUGAAAUCUUUUUUUUUAACUCUUCCAGUUCCCGAUGCUGUCCAGAGCCUUUUUUCAUCAUGAAAAAUGCAUGCAAAGCUUGUCACACAUUGUAAUGACCAAUUCACACCUCAGACCUCUCCCACCCUUGGAAACAAAAGCUAUGUUAAUGCCCAUUCACACUUCAAAUUCCUCAUGAAGACCCCCUGCCAGGUGACCUGAAUGACUCACUCCACCAGUCACCUUUCCCA